CACGCGCGCCCGGACAAAACCAACCGCCGCGCCGCGCCGCGGAGGCCACGCCACCCUCGCCAUGGCUCCUCCUCUUCUCCUCCUCCCCCUCCCGUCCGCGAGGCCCGUGUCCCGGCCGGCGCCACGGCCGUGUCUUCACCUCCCCUUCACCAAGCGCCAUCGCCUCCCCGCCGCCCUCCGAGUCAAAUGCCGCGCGGAGCAGGCGCCCCCGGCUGCCCCGCCCACGCCGCGGUGGCACGCGGCGCUGGCCGCGGCGGCUGGGCUGUACCCAGCCUACGUCACGGCGGGCGCCUUUGUCGCCGUCGCGCGCCCCGAGGCGUUCCGGUGGUUUGUCGACAUGGCGCCGGGGUCGUACACCGCCACGCUCGGCUUCAUCAUGCUCGCCACGGGCCUCACCCUCCAGCUCAAGGACUUCGCCGCCCUCCUCUGCGAUAGGCCCCUCGCCAUAUUGUUUGGGUGCGCUGCGCAGUACACCAUAAUGCCUGCGGUUGGGUCGAUCAUUAGCCGCGCGCUGGGGCUCCCCCCAUCCCUCUCAGCUGGCCUCAUCCUGCUGGGAUGCUGUCCUGGAGGAACUGCAUCCAAUGUGGUGACUUUAGUUGCUCAAGGGGAUGUUCCAUUAUCCAUCGUGAUGACUGUCUGCAGCACUCUUGCUGCAGUGUUCCUUACACCUCUGCUAACGAAAAUUCUAGCUGGUGCUUACAUUCCUGUGGAUGCUGUGAAGCUUUCUCUCAGUACUUUGCAGGUUGUUGUUGCCCCAAUUAUGUUAGGUUCUUCUAUACAAACAGCAUUUCCAUCAGUAGUUCAAUUUGUUACUCCUUUUUCACCUCUGAUGGCAGUCUUGGCUUCAUCGCUUCUGGCAUGCAGUGUCUUCUCUGAGAAUUUUGUACGGCUAAGAUCAACAAUUGCUGAUGCAUCUUCUGUGAAUGGAGACUUCUUCUCUGGGGAUAUCGGAGUUGUCAUGCUCUCUGUCAUCUUACUGCAUUUUGCUGGUUUCUUUGUCGGGUAUGCAGCAGCGGCUAUAGGUGGCUUGAAAGAAAAACAAAGGAGAGCAAUAUCAAUUGAGGUAGGAAUGCAAAAUUCAUCCUUAGGGGUAGUGUUAGCAGCUGCACAUUUCUCCUCACCCUUGGUCGCCCUGCCACCUGCAAUCUCAGCUGUCAUCAUGAACAUAAUGGGCAGCACACUAGGUCUCGUAUGGCAAUAUAUCACACCUUCUGGUUCAGAGAAUGAAACCACCGACAUCCACAAUGCAUGAUCUACUCUUGCUGCUGUGGGCUUAAUCUCCUCUGUCAUAUCUACUCCACAAACAUGUGUAGUGUUGAAACCAUGGCUCCUUUUACUUUUGACCGUUUAAUGCAUGCCCUUGUUUUGUUUUGUGGAUAUUGUUUGAUAACUCUGGAAUAUUUAUUGCCUUGGUGAGCUCUGAAA